UGACUUAGUAGCGGGAGGAGGGGGGCACGGCUUCAGAUUCAAGGAUAAAAAUCCAAGGCUUUCCACGGCGCAGGACAAAAGUUUGGAGCCACGAUGUGUGGGCGAACCUAGAGCGCACCUCCCCGACGAGCUGUGGUCUGAGGCUUCACUCCUUCCCCGAGUCUAAAAGUGAGACAGGCUGCGCGCAGGGGAUCAGACGGAGACACGAGCGAGACACUCUACACCACAGCCGCGCCCGGAUCGCAUCCAGAGUCCUGCUCUGUCUGUCCUCCGCUAGAGCAUGGCCAGUUCGAGUAAAGUGACUUUAAUUUUGCUCAUCUACGGAAUCUUAAUGCACUACAGCGUCUUCUGCUCACCUAUCGGACUAAGUUACCCCAAGAUCAGACUUGAAAACAACGCCUUCGAUGAGGACGGGAAUUCUCUGUCCGACAUGGGCUUCGACAGCGAGCAGCUCGCCAUCCGGAGCGCGCCGUCCCUGAACGACGACGCCUACAGCCUGUACUACCCGCCGGAGAAGAGAGCAGAAAGGCAUGCUGAGGAAGAAUUAGAUAGAGCCUUGAGGGAGAUCCUGGGUCAGUUAACAGCGAGGCAUUAUCUGCAUUCUCUGAUGACUGUGCGUGCAGGUGAAGACAGCAGCAUGGAGGACGAGUCAGAGCCCCUCUCCAAAAGACACUCGGAUGGCAUCUUCACCGACAGCUACAGCCGCUAUAGAAAGCAGAUGGCCGUGCAGAAGUACCUGGCAGCCGUUCUGGGUAGAAGGUACAGACAGAGAGUUAGGAACAAAGGACGACGAGUCGCCUAUUUGUAGCGUCGUUGAAGCGCCAAACUGUGUAAAUACAUCCAGUCAUCCAAGAUAUAUCUGCCCAACCAGUGGAUUGCGCCUGUGUUCUCUCAACAUGUAUUUAUGUAUGAAGUAAAGCCAUUAAAAUGAAUAUUUUAUUAAUAAUAGCGUUUUUUUUUCUUUUGGAACAAAAGCACUUGAUGCCGCACAGUUGUGGACCAAUAUUUUAUUUUAAGUUGUUGAAAAUGACAAAAAAAAUCCUGAAGAUUUAAAAAAAAAGAAAAAAAAGAUAGAUGUGCACCUUCAACGUUAUGCGCUUGAACUCUUGAAAGGUCAUCUACAUAUGCAGAAAAUAAAUAGAUUUAAAAGACAAUCAAAGUAUUGAAUGUUAUACUUAUUUUUGUAACCAACGUUCUAUUUUUUUAGUGCUUUGGUUUUUGGUUGUCUGAACAGGCCCAAAGAAGCAGUCAGCAUGCCACGUCAGGCAUUUCCCGCUUGUCUUAAUGAUAGAUGUUUGCCCCCCCACGCUCCCCUCGGUGUGGCUUUGUGCGGCUUGUUGCCCCCUCCCUCCCGGGAGGGAGAGACGGAGGGGUGGUGGCUUUUAUUGGACACCUGAUGGAUGUGAGAUGUGGUGAAGCUUUUCUCUCCUGAUUGCCUCAAAAAAAGAAAAAAAAGGAGAUUUACGGCAGGAGAUGAUGACGGAAAUGUCUGGAAGAACGGACAGGAGAGACAUGGAGAACCAAGAGAAAGUGCUGAGAACUCUGGACUGAUUGGAUCUGAGUCCAGCAGCUCAGACGUGUGAACAUGGAGAUCAGGAGCUGGUUCUGCACUGACUUGUUGAAUUGUUUCCUCGCCUGCUGCUGUCUUAAAUAUAUUUGGAUAGGACCCCCCCCCCCCUUCUUUCUUCUUUAUGGCUGAUUGCUUUUCGUCUUGGUAGCAGUUCCUUUUCUGUGGCCAUGUUUCGUGGUUGGUAGCUCGUGGUUAGUCUGUGAAGAAGAAGAAGAAGCUGAUCUGUGUUGGAUGGUGCAGAGAAGGUGUGAGGAGAGGUGAGAGAUGCAUGAAUGGGGAGGAGGAGGAGGGGGAGGGGUGUGAUUGGAUAAAACUAAAAAAAACCCCACAAAGUCGAGGCUGUUUUAUGGGAGGGAAAGUCGCGCCGGAGCCAGGAGGAAGGAGGUGAGAGCUUCAUUUACCUCGGUGAGAUGUGGGUCAAUGAGUCUGAUGAAUCACGUCAGACGUUGAAUUCCCCGCCGCCGAGGUUCCAGCAGGAGGACGGCGCUCUCUGAGGAGCAGAGAGGAGUUGGAGCCCAUUCCCCCUGACGUCUAUCAGAGACAGUGUUCAUUCAGCAUUAUGCAAAGGCAGCUUUACGCUCUCCUGCUAUCAGAUCAGCAGCCUGUGUUCCCCAUCAAAUAUCAAUAGGCUCUUUCUUCAAUUUGGCUCCAUCCCUCAGGCUUUGUGUGAACGUCUGCAUAUUGUGUUGGUGUGUGCGUGGAUGAGAGGUGGGAACAGCUUUCGGCUUCGGUGCCUUGCUUUGAUGUGAGAAUUAAAAAAUAAAUAAAGACGUAAUGUAAAAAAAGAAAACAAAAUCGCCACAAGUGACAAUGAUGGCAAUUUUAGUGGCCCUACGAUGCUGCAGUCUAUUAGCUUACAUUGAAUCUUCCUUUGACUCUGUUCACGGCUCGGCGUAGUGCCACCCCUGAGCUUUCCUUUUAAAGCAUGGCCGCUCUUUUGUUCAGCAGAAAUGUAAACGAGAACAGAAUGUACACGUCGGUGGAGCAGGCAAUGUGCGUGUGCAUGAGUUCGGGGUGUUCGUGUCCGUGAGAAUCGUGAUCAAUGGCCGGUGUUUGCUUUCGUUCAGGUGUUGUUUUGGUAUUAGUAGGUAAUUUACUCUAGAAGCCUCCCCUAUAUAUGAUUAUUAUUUAUGACUCUGUGCAUCUAGAACUCCAGUGUCAUGACAGAGAUGUUGUUCCGAUCAUAGACAAUGCCUGUUGUUGAUAGUCCUGAAAGCGCCAAACGCCUUACUUCAAUGUGUACUCUCUUAUCUAUCUGUGUUUUCAAAGUCAACCCCAGAAUAAGUGGCAUCGUUAUACGCAGGCGUCCUUAUGCGGGGUUUGCUCAAUGUCAUGAAAGUGUUGUAAGAUUUGUAUGAAUAAAUUUUUGUAAACAACA